AUGAGGAUCCGGAGGAACGCCGCGAAGAUCCCAUCUCCUCUGUCGAUUCCUACCCAAUCUCCCGCUCUCGCGGCUGAGGGAGAUGCAGAAGUGGCGGCGAUGGGCGGGGGAGUGGAGAUGCAUGUGUGCGAGCUGAACCAGUCGCCGUGGGACGCGAUGUCCUUCACUCCGCCGCCGCGGUCGGCGGGGCUCUGCCUCUGCGAGGUCAGAUCCGAUCGGUUGCCAGCUUCGUUCGUCCUGGUCUGUGUGAAAUUAGGUUGAAUGGCGUCCGCCUCAGAAUUUCAGUGGCUCGAUGGUCAUCGGGGUGCCUGUUUCUCCUGCCGCCCGCCCUUGGAAAGGGAAAUGGGGAGCUUCUCUUAUCGUGUCGUGCCGCCGCCUAGGGUUUCGCUGCUUCGGGGGUGGGGGGCGGCCGAAGCAACCCUAAAUAUCACAUUCUGAUCGACCAGGCUGUGCCAUUUUCCGUCGGAGGAUCUCUGAUUUGUCCUUGAUUACUUUCUUUCUCCUGUCUCUCCGUGUUCUCGUGCGGGUCGCGUGGCUAUGGAUUUCUCCCGACAGCGGCGGGCAUUAGGUUUUGUGGCGCACAUCCAAUGAAUCGAAUCAGCAUGUCUCGCUGUCCGUCUGUUCAUCGUCUCUCCGCUUUAGAACUCGUCUUUCCUGUUCGGGAAAUAGUGGAGCAUCUUCUUCUAGGGUUUGUUCCGCCUCUUCGCUUCUUACUGCUCUGCUUGACGCCGCUCAGUCGCCGCAGGAAGCGGAGGAGGUGGCGGACGAGACUGCUGCGUUCGUCAGAGGAGCAAUGGGGAGGAGGCUGACAGAAGAAGAAGAAGAACAAGAGGAAGCUCCUGCAGUCUGUGAUUCUCGCAGGUUCUCGCCAUUAUUGCAUUGUUUUUUUUUUCUUUUACCAAUUCUUCCUCCUCUUUCUUGUGGUGACGAGACGGAUUGAACGAUCGAAUAUCUUCUCCGCAGCCUCGUCCCGGCGGAGUUGACCUUGAGACGUCGGGUGAAGAUCGAGGCCAUGACAGAGGGAGCGGAAGCGGAGGGGGAGGAGGAGAAGAGGGAGAGGAAGGUGGCAAAGAAACCCAUCGGCAGGAAGAAGGUCAAGAGGAAAAGCGCCUCGGAGGAAGCAGAGGGAGAGAUAGUGAAGAAGACGGAGGUGCAGGCGGCUGCUCCUUCGGCGACAUGUAAGAAGACCGACGGCAAAGGAUGGCACUGCAAACGGGAGGCCCAGCAUCCUCAUUCUCUCUGCGAGUAUCACCUCACCCAGGUCCGCUCCUACUACAGUAACGGCGGCUGCGGCGGCGGCGGCGCCGCCGCUGCCCAUGUUCAUGACCAGCAAACCUCCCGGAGCUCACCCGGGGGAAUCGACGGCGAGCAGAAUGAAGAUAAGAAAAGGAGCUUGCCGAAGAAGAAGAUCAACAAGAAAGACGACGGCGGCGGCGACAGCGGCGCCGGCAGGACGAGGAAGCCGCCGACGUCGGAUUUCUACUACUACUAUUCGGGCUUUGGGCCUUGGUGGGGCAGGAGGAGGAACGGCGGCGGAGGCGUGGACCAGGUGACGACGGUCCACGACCAGGCGCCGGAGGAUCUGGACCUCGACGACGAAGAUACCGACGACGUUGGGGUUCUCGGGGACGACGACGGGGAUGACGUCUCCGGCAAGAGGAGAGGGAGGAAGCCCAUUAAAGCCCGCUCCCUCAAGUCCCUACUGUAA